UUCAGCUGCCGAGGAAAGAACUUUCGUUGGCGACGAGGAAAUAAUGCCGGUUCACCUCGCAAACUUCUUCGAAGGUACAUCCGCCAGGAUGUUUUCUCACGGAGCACAACCAGCAGACAUUGAGUUACGUAAGUUUGACUUCGGAGAGGCGGAGAACCGGCGUCGCUACGGCCAUGUCACGCCCCCGGCAUACAACGUAUCCAGGAUACCUUGCCCCGUGGCGCUCUACUGGGCAGAAAAUGACCGUUUCAUAAAUGCCAAGGACGUCCGGAUGCUUGAGGAAACCGUACCAGGAUUCAAAAGGAGUUACCGCGUCAACAGCGAGUCUUUCGAUCAUGUGGACUUUAUUUUCUCUAAGAAAGCUAAGACUCUAGUUUACCAAGAUAUCGUUGAGCUCCUAAAUCAAUACUGAAGCAUGAGCUUU